CUGAUACAAUCUGUCAAUCAUCAAGAACCGCCUCUCCAAAGGUGUAGGCAACAUAUAUAAAUUGUGAACUGGACCUUCAGCCCUGAGAGCCAAAAUGAGUCUGACUCACACCCUGCUGGUCUUAUCCAUCUGUUUGCCUGUCUUGUUGGCAUCCCCAAGCGACAGGAAUUUAUGGCAGUUUAGGAAAAUGAUCCUGUGUGCCAACCCUGAUAGUUCGCCCCUGUGGGACUAUGUUGACUACGGCUGCUACUGCGGAAAGGGCGGCUCUGGAACACCUGUGGAUGAUCUCGACAGAUGCUGUGAGGUUCAUGACCAGUGCUACACUGAUGCCAUGCAACAUGACGAAUGCUGGCCAAUCUUGGACAACCCUUACACUGAAAUAUACAGUUACACGUGUGAUAAGCCUAACAAGAAUAUUACCUGCCCUGAAGAGAAAAAUGAUGCCUGUGAGUUGUUCAUCUGUGAAUGUGACAGGAAGGCAGCGAUUUGCUUUGCCCAGCAACAGUGGAACCCUGAGCAUUCCCAACUGCCUAGUGACAGGUGCACGUAAACCAAACCACAAACAAGAACAUUCCAUUUUAUAGACAACCUGACACUCAAGCACUAAGGAAGUGAUCCACUUUUUUGUGCUAUCUUGCUUGUCUUGAUAUCAAAUAAAAACGCAUUUGUAACAUCUCA